CCCUAUCUUGGCAUAGAAGUUCAAGUGUUCAUUUCGUUCUUCAGUUUGUGGCUUGUGUUUGGUGCUGAUAAGUGGUGUGCUUUUAUGAGUCUCACUCAUACAGAUUCUGAAGAAACCAAAGAAGGAAACAGGUUUUCAGGAUGGAGGAUCUCGGGUUGAACUGCAGCGUGUGCGAGGAACGUUUCAGCGACGAAUGCCCGCCGAAGAACCUGGGCUGCGGACACUCCCUCUGCAGCAAAUGCGUGACGGAGGUGCUCGCCAGGGACCGAAAAUGCCCCGAGUGUCGCCACUACUUCAUGUCCAGCAACCCUUCGGACUUCGUGGUGAACUACCCGUUGCUGAGGAUGGCUCGCUCCCUGGCUGCGACGAGUCUGGGGCUUCAUGCCGAUAUUAGUCUCAACACUUCGAACCCCGCCAGCGCCCCGCAGCCCAACGCCGGGGACUGUCCGGCUCACGGCUCUCGAAUGUUCUUCCGGUGCAUGAGGUGUUCGGUUUGGGUCUGUCGCGACUGCGUGGUGGUGGACCAUCCCGACCCUCCCAGGGGGCUCUGCAGGAUCCUGGCUAUCUCAGACGCCUUGGAGGAAAUGAAGAAGUCUCACAAGGUUCUCGUGAACGCGAAGGUCAAGGCGUGCCACAAGGCGAAGGAGUCCCUGGAGAACAAAGUGUGCGACCUCCAGGCAGCCCAGAACCAGCAGCGGGACACGGCCAACAGAUUCCGCUCACUUCUGGUCGAAGUCAACGCCAACCUCAAAGAACUCAAGUCCAAGAAGAUGGAGGUUCUCAAGAAGAUUUCAGAGAUCGACUCCAUGGUAGAAGCCGUGAAGCAGACGGGGGAGGGCGUGGAGCAGGCCGCCACGAUAGACGAGUACGCGGCAGCCGUAGAGGACACGGACGCCUCCCUAGCGUCCCUCGACAAGUACAUUGCCGAAGAUACACAGGAAAUCCCAGCUCUACUGAGUAUGCCUGUGCUCAGCAGUCAGACCCUCGUAGGACUCUUGGACGCAGGGACGAGCAUCUUCGCGACCUCGGAGAAGGAAGGGCAACCCCGGUGGGCGAGGGUCACGCGGCAGGAUGACCGGCUGCAUCUCCACGCCCUGCGAGACGGCCUUCCGAGGGCCGGCUGCUUCACCUUGCCUUACGACGUGAUUCGCCAGCUUGUGCCUCGCGAUUUCCCUUCGAUCUUCAUGGACAUCGGCUGGAUGGGCCUAGUGAGAGGGCGCGUCUACAUCCGCAUGUUCGGCGACACGCCCCGCAGCAACCAGACCGUCUACCUGUGCUCUGGGGAGAAGGGCCCCUCGUACCGCGGCACGUGCUUCUACAAGGCGCACAAGCUAGACCAGCCCAUGGAGAGCCUGCGCGGGGGGGACUUCGAGAACAACGACGGCACGGGCGGGCGCGCCAUCGUCGACGGGAUAACCAGCGGCGGCGUGUACCAUCGGGAGAUCGAGGCCGGUUUGUUCGUCAGCUGGCCGGCGCACGAACUGUGGCACCUCGGCUCCUUCGACAUAUACUUAAGAGACUGCCCCGGGGCCUUCGAUAACUCGGCCCAUGGCAUCGUCACGUCCGGCCUGGACUUGCUUCGUCUGGCCGCGAGACACAAACCCAUUGCAGAUACGUCUGUCCAAGACUGUGGCCUCAUCAUACCCAUUUCAAGCUCUACAUAACGAAGAGUGAUGCUUUUCUGUUUUUAAUAUAUAUAU